GUCCUCGUCAUUCUACGCGUCAGAGCGGAAAUACAAGUCGAACCGAAUGCAUGCCAACGUGUAACCGACCGCGAUCGAGUUCAUUUCACGCGUAACACGGAUGGUGUGAGGAUUUUGAACGGGUAGAGAGUGUGAUUACAGUCAGUGCAGCAUCCAGGCGGGAUUAAUAGCGCCGAGUGUGCGGUUUCUGGCGGCGCGAUAACACGAAGGUGUGCCCAAUUAAAGUGUUGUGACAAGUGAGUUAAAGUGAUUAGAGCGGAAAAUGCGAAAUGAUCUCAUUCGCGCCUAGAAAUGUGUGUGCUUAGCUGUGAUUUGUGAUGUGACUCUACCUUUACAUGAAGGAUACUACUACCGCUACCACUACUCGAAGGAUUAUAUCGUUUCGGAUUUUAUAGCAUACCGUGAUCGCUACAACAAAUUCUAAGGUCUUGCCACACGCUGCGCCAUGAAGGAGAAGAGCAAGAAUGCGGCCCGCUCCCGGCGCGAGAAGGAAAACGCCGAGUUUCUCGAGCUGGCCAAACUGCUCCCGCUGCCGAGUGCCAUCACGUCGCAGCUCGAUAAGGCUUCCAUCAUUAGACUAACUACCUCGUACCUGAAGAUGCGCCAGGUGUUUCCCGAAGGCCUGGGGGAAGCUUGGGGUUCGCAGCACAUACCGACCAAUCCACGUGACAUGGCCAUCAAAGAGCUGGGCUCUCAUCUGCUGCAGACGCUCGAUGGGUUCAUCUUCGUGGUGGCUCCCGACGGCAAGAUAAUGUACAUCUCCGAGACGGCUUCGGUGCACUUGGGCCUGAGCCAGGUAGAGCUGACGGGCAACUCCAUCUACGAGUACAUCCACAACUACGACCAGGACGAGAUGACAUCGGUCUUGUCAUUGCAACCGAACAUGUUUGGGCCGCCUGCUGCUCCGCCAGCACCGCCACCACCGCCGCCGCCUUCGUCCUCGUCUAAUCCACCGCCAAUGGCCAUCAUAACUCCCCUGAUAGCAGCACCGACUGCAACCAUCGUCAGUCAAGGACCAACAUCGGAUUCGCCUCCACAGACCAUGAGCUGCCCUCCCUCGAUAUCCCCCGGUCUAAGCAUACCUCCAUCCAGCAUACAACCGCACCUUGGGCCACCUCCACAGGUCCCACCCGGACUUUCACCCUCCGCCGGACAAGUUCCCCCACCCCAUCUGACACCGAAUAUUCCACCACCAACGCCGAACCACCACCACAAUCAACACCCGCACCACCACCAUCAUCACCAUCACCAUCACCAUCACCACCACCCCUUCAACCAGCAGUCACAAACCAUCGAGAUCGAGCGGACGUUCUUCCUACGGAUGAAGUGCGUGCUGGCGAAGCGAAACGCCGGCCUCACCACUUCCGGAUACAAGGUCAUCCACUGCUCCGGGUACCUGAAGGCCCGCAUCUACCCCGGUGAUUCGACGUACGGCGAUGGGCACAGUUGCAUCCAAAAUCUGGGCCUGGUGGCGGUCGGCCACUCGCUGCCCCCGUCCGCCAUAACCGAAAUCAAGCUCCAUCAGAAUAUGUUUAUGUUUCGAGCCAGCAUGGACCUGAAACUGAUCUUCCUCGACGCCAAAGUUUCCCAGCUGACUGGAUACGAGCCACAGGAUCUGAUUGAGAAAACACUGUACCAGUAUAUCCAUGCGACCGACAUCCUGCACAUGCGAUAUUCCCACCAAAUACUGAUGUACAAGGGACAAGUGACGACAAAGUACUAUCGAUUUCUGACGAAGGGCGGCGGAUGGACCUGGGUGCAGUCGUACGCCACCGUGGUGCACAAUACGCGGUCUUCCCGGCCGCACUGCAUCGUCAGCGUGAACUACGUGCUGAGUGACCAGGAAGCACGUGACCUGCUUCUGAACGAAAUCCAAGGACCAAUGAUUCCCAAGCCGGAGAUUAAGACCCCGUUGGUUACCCCAGCAAGCGUAUCAACGCCGAUGGCACCGAUCUCCCCUCCACAGCACGUCCCAAUUCAAAUGCACCAACCCACACAGCAACAACAGCAGCAGCAGCAGCCACAACAUCAAACGCCCAUUAUGCAACCCCACAAUCCACUAUUGGUGAAGGAAAUGACCAACUAUCUUCAACUGCAUCAAUUCGAUGACGAUAACAGCCUGCACCAAAUGGUACAGACCAACGCUCUACAUCCGAACCAGCAUGGCAACCAUCAGAGUCAGAGUCAAGAAUUUGAGCAUCAAUAUAACAGCCAGGGCAGUUUCAUGAUGGACUCGAAUCAAUCCAUGUCGCAGGGAACGCCCAGCGAGUUUCUCGACUCGUACUACUGUGACCCGUUCUACCCGGCAUACGACCCUCAAGCGGAUGGGUCGAAUGUACUUCGACCAUUCUCGGCCAGCUCCAACAGCUGCAGCAGUUCCGAUGGGGAAGCACAUCUCAAUGCCACCUACAUCCCCAACACGGCACUGAUACAACAGCAACCGUCGUACGAUGAAAUCAAUCAACAUUUCGGACUCAACUGCUUCAAUAACAAUAGCAACAACAGCAGCAAUGGUGACCCCUCCAAUGGGCAUCUAAAUGGUCUAAAUAGUCACAAUCUACAUCACCAGCACAGUGCCACCAAUAAUAGCAGCAGUAGCAACAGCGUUGCUGCUGCUGCCGCUGCCGCUGCUACCAAUAGCAGUCACAAUAACAACAACAAUAACAACAAUGGUCAUCAUGAUAAUGGCUUCCUGGAUGAAUUCAAAGUAAGCCAGCAGCAGCAGCAACAUCACCAUGGCAACAACGGCCAUCAUCCCCAGCACCACCACCACUCGCAACAUCACCAACAUGUCCCUCAGCAGCAGCAGCAGCAGCACCACCACCACAGUCAAAACGGGGGAGGGCCCCAGUACACCAGCGUGAUUGUGGAACCGCAAAACUAUCAUCUGCCUGUCACGCAAAAUGAAUUUGUGCAUUAGGUCUGGUCCUUCCGAAGGGCCGGCAUGGUUUGAUUGGUGGGGAAUGCGAUGUUUGAAAUAUUAACAGGAAGAAGCAUAAGACUGCAGGCAGUUGACAUUGUCUCUAUAAACGAUGUAUUUAGUGUUGUAGCAAUUUUGUUAGGGCACGAUAUUAUGAUAUUGUAGUGUAGAAGGGCUAAGAUUUUAACUGUUAUCAUGCUAAUUUAGGUAAGGUAAGUUGCUUAAGUGUAAAGUAUUUAUUUAGCGUAAUACCGUGUAAAUAUUUGCUA